AUGCUUCAGGCGUUGAAGCGCAUAGGGUCAAGCAGGGUGCGCCUGGGUCUCCUCUCGGUCAUCGUGGGAUGGGUGCUGGGUUAUCUCGCCAUCGCCAUAAUUGCCAACCAUAGGAGGACCACGCAGUAUGGCAUGGAUGAUGGGGUGGGGGACGAGCUAGCAGGCAUUGCCAUCCGCCCGCGCCCCCCCGGUCUUCUCACCACCGACCCCAUGGAUUACCCCAAGCCCAAAGUUUUCUUCGACAUUAGCAUCGACGGGCAGCCUGCGGGCCGAAUAAUCUUCGAGCUCUUCACCAAGCAGGCGCCCCGGGCAGCGGAAAAUUUCCGGGCGCUGUGCACGGGGGAGAAAGGGCUGGUGCCGAACGAGCCAGGCAGGGAGGGGGCAGGGUUGCCGCUGCAUUACAAGGGAGCUGAGUUUUACCGCGUGAUUGACAGGUUUAUCUGCCAGACUGGGAUCAACACGGAGAGCAUCUAUGGGGGGAGUUUUAAGGAUGACCCUCUAGCGCUGCUGCUGAAGCAUAAUAAGAAAGGCUUGCUAUCAGCAGCAAACAUUGGGCCAGAUACCACCACCACACACUUCUCUAUUGUAGUGGCUCCGGCACCACAUUUAGACGGGCAUUACCCCAUAUUUGGGCAAGUGGUGUCAGGUUGGGAAGUAGUAGAGCGGAUAAACAAGCUCGCAAAGCCUCCUGGUUCAGGGGAUGAGCGUCCUCGCUUACCAGUGGUGAUCGCUGAUUGUGGAGAGAUCAAAUGA